CCCUUCAUACGUAGGCAAACAUACAAAAACCAAACAACGAGAGAACUUACACUUGAGGUAGUUUUGGGGAAGAUGCCAGUCUGGCUUUUCUAAGUCUGUGUUUAGGAAGAAGGUCAGCUUUAAUUUAACUGAGCACAAGUGACCAGAAAAAAAAAAAGAAAAACGCCUUUUGGUGAUGUUCACAGUCAUCACCACUAGGUGGGGAGAUUGACCUUAUACAGUCUUGUCAGUACAGACAACCACCAAAAACUGGGAAAAUUGGUAGAGAUUAAUGUCCAGAAUUUCAGUAACAUAUUCACAACAGUACUUUAAUAUAUACUGUACACUAAUCAGCAGUACAUCAGUAUUUAUUACAAAGACUAAUUUGAAUAGAUCAUACCUUUGUUUUGUACUUUAUGAGCAUGCAGAUACAAUUCUAUGGCUGUUGUUAUGCAGUAAAUUUGUGCAAAUACUUCAAGGACUAUAAUUGUCUGACUUAGAAUUUCUCUUCACAUGACACUAGCAAGUUUUACACCUUUAUUUGAUCACCACUUGUAACUCUUCACUAUCCUCCCAGCUGUUUAGGGACAUCACAAACUCCCUGCUCUGAUUACCAGUUUAAUGUGACCCAUAUAACCUAUUCUUAUUGGGGUGAGCUAUGAUUUCCUUGCAGUGUAUCAAGGCAUUCACUGCACUAAAUGCACCAUUGAUAACAUCCAUCACACCAUUGGUGCUGCAGUGACAUUAAAGAGCCGUUACAGCAUCAUUUCUGCACGCCCUUCCGCUCUUUUAUAGAGUCGCGGUUCUUUGUGAUGUUGCUGUACUUUAUCUUCCAUUGUUGCCUCACCGUGCUGCACAAUGAGAGUACAGUGGCCUCAGCGGACUGUGGGUGUCUGGCACAGCCAACAAAAGGCUGCGUGCUUUCAUAGGCUCCACCAACAGCUGUCCAAGUGAUACUGCAGAGCAGAGCGCACGCAGACUGGAGGGGGGAAUGGACCGGAGUCGGACAGCGGUGAGUUGAGCAACCGCAAGCCUGCAGCUGAUGAAGCUCCAGUGUGGGCAAGCAGACGCUUAGGAGAGUGGAACGAGACGUCUGUGGAUUUACCGACUCUUCUCAGGUGUGGAUAUCAGAAAAGGAACAACGGCAGACUACAUGUCUUUACAGGAACUGUCGCGCUCCUUUGGAGUCAUGUUCCCAGCCUUCUCUCUCCCCAUGAAAGCGGAGCGCAGUCGAAAUAAGGAGCGACUGGAAGCCAGUCUGGCCGGCUUGUGUGAACUGGAGCUGCUCAAACAGAGGCAGGAAAGAGGGGGUCUAAAAGCACUCUGCCCCCGGGACGUUCCUUUCGCUGGUCGUCCGCCCUGGGGUGCUCUACGGUCGACGCGCUGCGCCCUGGACGCACCAAACGGCAACGCGUCGGAUGAAUAUGGCCUCGGGCUCAAGAGUAACACUCUCCAGUGUUUUCCCCUGGGUGUUAAGUCAUCUUUGGAACAGCAGGUGGCGGAGCUGAAGGUGAACGCUGAGGUCAAAUCAACAGAACCUCCGACUGAUCUGGACGACAAGAGGCUAAGUUCGGGAGAAGUUUUGGAGACUAGCCAAACUGCUGCUCCAGAAUCAAAGUACUUGCGCUCCCACUCAGCCCCUGAGGGGUCCAGAGAGACGGGGACAGGAGAGUCCUGGCAGUCCUUUCCAACAAGACAGUUGUCUGUGACCGAUGCCAUAAGAGAGAUGAGAGAUGUUGAUCUCAUCCUUGAAGAUUAUCAACAAGCUCAAAAGGUAGAGACUUAUAUUCUGGGAUUAAUCCAGCGACGAGCUUUACCCACGCGCCCCUCCAAGCCCCGCACCAGCCUGGCUCAUGAUGCCCGAGCUGUGACUCUGGUGCGACAGAGCAGUUUAUGUCACAAGGAGGAACACCAUUCCACAAAGCAGGCGUCUGCUCAACUGAUGUCACCUCCAACCCAGUGUUCUGAUGGAAAUGCUCCACAGGUCUGCCACAGCCCAAAUCAAGAGCGUUAUCAUGGGACAGAGUUUACCGAAGAUGCUCCGCCCCCAUAUCACCACCUUCAAAAGGUCCAGCAUCAGACAGGGUUUUAUCCCAAGCCCAGACAGGCCUCUGGAGUUACCACCUCAGGCUCAGCCUCACCAGAAUACCCAUCUCACGUUGUGCUGCAAGGCCAUCAAGACUCCAGCAACAGUGAAAAUGAUUCCCUACAACAUUUCCACAACUACCACGUCCACGCAGCUCAGACAAAGGCUCAGCAUCCCACUUCUCCCGAUGAACAGUUAGUUAAUGCAGAGUAUAUUCCGGCCCAGCCCUGCCAGGCGUCCGCCAGAGCCUAUGCUCAUCAUCACUCCAAUCCCCACAAAAGCGCUGGGCAUCCCAAAGCCAACAGACAUGCCUUUUCCCCAGAAAGAAGUCAUCAUCACGAGGAACAGCAACCAACAGCGUCCCACAGCCAACCUGCCAAAUGUCGAGGCGGUCCAAAGAAAUGUCGUUUGAACGAAGAGAAAAGUGGUGGCAGUAAGAAGCCAGGGAAGAAGGCGUGUAGGUCUCAGUCAGAGAACAGUCUACAGAGGGUUCCAGAGCGCAAGUACAACACCGUGGAAAGGGACGGCGGAGGAAGCGGAAGUGGUGGAAAGGGAGGUCGCAGUAGCCAAUCCAAGAGCAAGAAACAACCGCAGGGAAGUGGAAACUACCGACGCUGGCAGUCCACGCUGGAGCUCAGCCAGGACGAGGCCGAGCAGCCUCCAGUUACAGCAGCACCCGUUCAGGCUUCAAACCAAAGAGAUCACUGUGCAAGGCGCACACGCAAGUCACGUUCUUCCAACCCGACAUACGUGUACCCACACCGCAGCCACAAUCACCACCAUCACCACCAGCAGCAGCCCCACCACAGCUCCCACCAUCAUCAGCAUGUGGAGUAUCACAUAGAGAGGGAUCAGGUGCAGGUGUGUAAACCCAGCGAGGACUACACCCACCAAGGACCAGGUGAGUCUGAGUCCAGCACCAGUGAGGCCGACUCCCCAGACUCCAGCUCCUUGUCCAGUGACUCAGAUGAAAGCGGAGGUCUGGUUUGGCCCCAACAACUGCCCCCUCAACUCUCCUUGCCCUCACCUCCUGCCCCGUCUGGAGCACCGAUGCAGCCCAAAGCUUUUGUCAAGAUUAAGGCGUCCCAUGCCCUUAAAAAGAAGAUCCUGCGCUUCCGCACUGGUUCGCUGAAAGUGAUGACGACCGUAUGAGGUGGAAAAAUGGACAAACCAACGAGACAAACUGUGAACGUAUGAGUUGUCAUCCAUACAUUUGACUCAGCCUUAUAAAGGAAUCUGCAUGAUCAUUUCAACAAUAUGGUAUUAAUUUUGUGAAAUUAGUUUAACACAGUCUGGAAGACAACCAAAGAGCAGCACACACUGAUCAGUUCUGUCAUAAUUAUAUGCCACAAUAUAGAAUCUAGCAGAACUGAACAUAUGGGAGAUACUCGAUACUUUGACAUCGUGUCAAAGGUUACAGUAGUUUGUGAGCUUUAUUUAAACGCCUCUUCCAACCAACAGUUGUUAUGUGGAACAUCAUUUUGGACUUUAAGCGAACCUUGAAUGAUACUUGAAGAUGUAGUACAGUACAAUGGUGUUGCUGACAGAAUUCCAACUGAAAACCAUUCACUUUUAUAUUCCAUUUAAUUGGCAGUUGCCAAUUUAGGAAUCCAAAAUACCAGCUCUCACAGACCCAGUGCUGAAGAAACAAGUUACUCUUAGUCUGAGUUUGUAAACUAAAGUUCAGUACUUGGUCUCAUUCAAAAUAGGAAAUUAUGCCAAACCUCACAGACGUAUCACAACACGAUGUGGUAGGUUUACUAUUUUAUUUGUCAGUGAUCUCACACUUGAAAUAUGAUAUGAGCAGAGCAUUGGUUAGUUUGUUUUAACUUUAACUUUAACACAAGCCUCUUUAGCUGAGACCUAAUUUGUUUCACACUUGUUUACAGUGCUUUGGCAUUCACGUUCAUGUUUUAUACGAUAGUGUUAUUCAGUUAGUUAGAUGAUUGUACGUGAGAGGAAUGAUGGGUGAUGAGAGUAUUGUACUGGCUGAAAUGUUGUUGUACUGGGUACAACUUAGAAUUCUUACAUCAGGUGUGAACCAAUUUUUUUUCACAGCAGAACAGUUACUGUUAAGGUCUUAAUAUAGCAAUGCUGAUAUUGUGAAUUGAACUUGACGAGUCAAUUUUGCCAUAUUCGUUUAACUUGUUCAACUUGUACUUCUUUCCAGAAAAGAUCUAGAGAAAAAGUAACAACUCAGUUUGGUUGUUUUAUCCACACUAACCUUUGAUUCCAUCUGAAUCUGAAAAGAUGUUUGACCCAACGUCUGCUGCAACACUGCAAUGCAAAACAUGAGAAGACGAUAGAGCUGGGAUGAGUGUUGUUAACCAAUCUGACUUCAGGCCUGGUCUCUAGUUCAGCUCUGGACUCAGCUCUUGACAAAGAUAAAAUCUUUCUUGUUAUUCUUUAUUUCAUAAAUCAAAGACACACACAGAGUCUUGUGUUUUUAAGGCUUUGUUUUUUGAAAGGAUUGCGUUGGUGUGACUGCAGCUCAGGUCAAGUUAGACCUAUUUUGGUUAUUUUUACAAAGCACAUUUCCCAGCAUUUCUUUUUUUUUUUUUUUGUCAUCAGUCUAUUCAUUUGAAUCCAGAUCAAAGAAUGUCAACAUUGUCAGAUCAAAACAAAUCCAAUGGUGAAAGCAUGCAAGUCUAUGAACGUCAGCCAUGCCAAAGAAAACAGACCAUGAAAUCAGACAUUUUUAUCAUAACAUUAUGUCUGCAUUAUGUCUAAGUAUGUAAGAAUAUAAAGGACCGUUCUGGGGCCGAUGGGCCACGGCUGUGUGGCCUGUUCAGCAACCAAAGGUAGUUAACAGAUUAUUAACUUCUCUACUGCACAUCUAGUUAAUACUGACAUCAGACCCAUUUAAGAUAUGGACUCUAUAUAACAAGAACAUAUGAUCAUUAAGAUCCAAAAGUCUCAUAAUUAAAAUCUUUACAGUCUAUAGUAUGAUUGGAGGUCUGUGAGGUAACGUGGCUUUUUAAAAAUUUGUUAAUGUGGUCUGCUCUCUGUCAUUUAAUUAAAAGUAAACAAUGUUAUUUUUAAAGGUAAUUGGAGUCGUAUUUAGAGAUAAAGAAUAACACAGUAUGACGUGACAGGAGACGAUGUUGGUUUAGUAUAAAAGUGUCAUUGUAUCAUCAAUAACCUGCAGCAUCUUUUAAAAACUGUACAAAAGCAAAGAUUUGAUACUCAUUUAAACCAUUUAUAUUCCCAACACGUUGUAUAAAGUGUCUAAGAUUCAAGCGUAACAUUUCUAACCUUUGUGAUGUCCUAUGAAAAGUAAAAAAAAGUAAGAAAAAUCGUUCUUCUGGGAUCUAAAAUGACUUGGCCUGGUUGAGUCAUCUCUAUAAAGCAUUUCUAACUUAAUCUAUUCUGUGUUGUACUCUUCUAACGUCAGUCACAGCAAUUACAAAUGUUCCAUUACAGAAUGAUCUCUUCUUUUUGGAAUCUCAGGUUAAUACAAAAGGACAGCUGAAAGAGUAACAUGAAACAUUUCAUGUUCAAGAAUCAUAACCCACAGACCUUGACCUUAAGGUGCUUUCACUGCUUGUACCUGACAGCUCAUUCUGGACCUCACACGUUCCCAUUUGGCAAGACAUUAUCUGCACAAAUGCAUUUUUUCCCUCUAAUCUGUGAGAAUGAACGAUAACCACGUUAAAAGACAGAAAGUCCUUGCUUGAACUUCAAUUGUUCCACUGAAAAUUCUAGAUUCCCAAUUCUUCAGGCCUCUCUGUGAGACUUUGUUUUAUUUUGUUUUGGGUUGUUUUUUUUUCUUGGCAAUGAAAAAAAGUCAUGUUUAAAUUCUAUUGCCGAUUAGUCAAACUCAUCCUGCAUGUUUAAAAUGAAUGUUUUCAUUGUCAAAGAACGAUCCUUUAUUUCUCUGCUCCACAGGGUCUCUCUUCUCUUUUGUGUUUUCUUUCUCCCCGGCUCCAGCGUUUGCACAUUGGAACCAUCUUGUUUUAAAGUCUAAAAGCCUUCCAUGUCAUAUAUUUUCUUCAUGAACAUAUGGUCCAGCAUUACAUUGUAUGUGGGAGAAACGUUUUAUGAUGACUUCUGUUUGUUAGAGGGAGGAAAUCUGAAGGAGGGAGUUGGGAGUGAAACACAAAGCACAUGUGGAUUUGUGGUGGAGAAGAUUCUGAGAUGAUGAAAAACUGAACGAACAUUUAUAUUUUUUACUGUUGUCGUGGACAAAAUCCAGUAAAGAUGCUUUAAUCGCUUUCUUUGAACAAACGUUGGAGCAUUGUGUAUAAAAUGUAAAGUUGCUUUUGUUUCACCAGUAGACUGAUACAUUGUUGCCAGACCAAUAAUGUAUUUAUUUUACAAAGUCACUUUAAGUGUUU